UAAUAAACCCAACGCGACGUUAUCUGACGAUGCCGCCAUUUUGUCUUCCUGAGCCGGUGUUUGUUCCGCCUCCUUUCCUGUCUGUAUAUUAGUGUAAUUUAGAGUACAGCACCCUUGUUUUGGCUUUUGACCUCCUCGCAGGAUCGAGCUGAGUAACAUAUCUGUUGAGAGAGCCCAGUUUGAGAGCAGUAUUAUUAAUAACCGCAGUGUUUUGGAGGAUGGCAGCGCCUCAGUACUCGCCUUUCUUCGCCGUCAUGGGCGCCUCUGCAGCCAUGGUGUUCAGCGCCCUGGGUGCGGCGUACGGCACAGCAAAAAGUGGCACUGGGAUUGCAGCGAUGUCUGUGAUGCGUCCGGAGCUGAUCAUGAAGUCCAUCAUCCCCGUGGUCAUGGCGGGAAUCAUCGCCAUCUACGGGCUGGUGGUGGCCGUGCUCAUCGCCAACAACAUCUCCGACAACUUGCCACUCUACAGGAGUUUCCUGCACCUGGGGGCGGGGCUGAGCGUAGGCCUCAGCGGAUUGGCCGCCGGUUUUGCCAUCGGCAUCGUGGGGGACGCGGGGGUGAGGGGGACCGCGCAGCAGCCGCGCCUCUUCGUCGGCAUGAUCCUCAUCCUCAUCUUCGCCGAGGUGCUCGGGCUGUACGGCCUCAUCGUCGCCCUCAUCCUCUCCACCAAGUAGAUCUCCCAGCAUGCACUGCGGCAGGACGGGGAGGGCGAGGGGAGAGCGGGAAAACCAUAAAACCGGCUUUGUCUCAAUAAUCUGUAGGAGCGACGGGCUGUGUGUCAAUAACGUUUACACCACUAUCCAUCUCUCUAUCUGUCUCUCUCCAUCUCUCUCUCUGUCUGUCUCUCCAUCUCUCUUUCUCUGUCUGUCUCUCUCUCUCUGUCUGUCUGUCUCUCCAUCUCUCUCUCUCUCUCUCUCUCUCUGACUGGCUGUUUCUCCAUCUCUCUCUCUCUCUCUCUCUCUCUCUCUCUCUCUCUCUCUCUCUCUGACUGUCUGUCUCUAGAUCUCUCUCUCUCUCUCUCUCUCUCUCUCUCUCUCUCUCUGACUGGCUGUUUCUCCAUCUCUCUCUCUCUCUCUCUCUCUCUCUCUCUCUCUGACUGUCUGUCUCUAGAUCUCUCUCUCUCUCUCUCUCUCUCUCUCUCUCUCUGUCUCUGUCUGUCCAUGUGCUACUUUGGGAAUUAUUAUUAUUUGUCACGCUCCUGUUUGUAAAUGAGUGUGUGUGCGUGUGUGUGUGCGUGUGUGUGUGUGUAAAACAGUGUUUAUUUUUAUCCAGUGGUUUUAUUUAUAUAUAUAUAUAUAUACACACAGUGAAAGUGAUAGAAAUGUUACACCUAUAAAUAUGAUUAUAAACUAUACAGGUGUGUAUCACCUGGUGUGUGUUUGUCCUGUAUGUGAUGAUGGAUUGUAAUAAAGAUGUGUGUGUGCCUUUCUCAGGCUCUCACAAGUUAAAUUUA